AUGCGUCCAUCUUUGCGCCGAUGCUUGCAAGCAGUCGCCCGCCCACCCCCGGCUUUCGUGUUUGAUAUUGAUGGCGUUUUAAUCCGGGGACCCAGCGUGCUUCCUGCCGCAAAACGCGCGCUCGCCAUCUUGGAGGGAGAUAAUCCAUUCAAAGUCAAGUUGCCGUAUAUCCUUCUCACGAAUGGCGGUGGUGUCAGUGAACGAUAUCGAAGCGAGAAGUUGACGCGGCAGCUGGGCUUCAAGAUUGAACCAGAACAGUACAUCCAAGCUCAUACUGUCCUCAAGACCCUGUCGCACAAGUAUCACGACUCCCCGGUGCUGGUUUUGGGAGGGAAACUUGAUCAGGUGCGCCAGGUAGCGAUUGAUUACGGCUUUCAGAAGGCUCUGACGCCGUUAGACGUGCUUUCCUGGAAUCCCAGUGUUUGGCCAUUCCACCAGCUAAACCCGUCCGAGCAGGCCUCAACACUGCCAAUUGACUUCUCUCAAACCCGAAUACCCGCGAUAUUCGUCUUCCAUGACCCGCGUAAUUGGGCUUUAGACAUUCAAAUUAUCUGCGACGUCAUCCAAUCCGCUGGAUACAUUGGCGGACCUCAUGUGCCCUUGCACCAACAGAAAAACCCCGUCGAACUCGUCUUUUGCAACCCUGAUCUUUUGUGGAAGUCGGACUUUCCGGUCAACCGUUUAGGGCAAGGAGCGUUCAAAGCCGCUUUCCAGGGCGUGUUCGAGGGUCUAACUGGCUCGCAAUACCCUUGCACCCAGUUCGGGAAACCCACAAAAGCCACCUACGAUUUCGCAGCCCACGUGUUACAGGAACGACUCCACAAGAUGAACGGACAUGCGGGGCGCAUCUAUAUGAUCGGAGAUAAUCCCGACUCUGACAUUGCUGGUGCCAAUGCGGCCAAAUGGGAGUCCGUUCUCGUGCGAACGGGUGUCUUCGCAGCGGGCACGACGCCCUCACACCAGCCGACCCAUGAAGUGCAGGAUGUGGAAGAAGCCGUGUCGUGGGCGAUAGCUCGUGAGUUUAACGGGUUUUAG